AGCUAAACGCCUGAACUCCAUCUUGCGAAUCAGACCGCCUCAUAUCUCCCUUUCGUCAAUUCCCCCCUUUCUCCUAGUGUGCCUCCAUUUCUCAGUCCUCCUUUUCGUGGUUGAGGUCUGCAUCUGCUCAAGAGGUGUGUGAAGAUUGGGGAGGUGAAUGAAUUUAGGUGUGAAGAUUGGGGCUUUGGAUAAGGUGAGAAAAGGAGAGUAGAGAAUUGUGUGGCACCCCUGCUUACGUGGGGCGGCCGAGGUGCUUAGGAAGAAAGGCUACGAUGGUUCCAGAGCUGAUAUAUGGUCCUGCGGAGUCAUUCUGUUCGUGUUGCUGGCCGGGUUCCUUCCUUUUCAAGACGAGAACCUGAUGAAGAUGUACAUGAAGGUUUUUCAAAGCAGAGUUCGAAUGCCCGCCGUGGUUUUCAACAUAAGCAAAGCGACUCGUCUCCAAGUUGUUAGUCUCUGAUCCUGAGCGCCGAAUAACCAUCCCUGCAAUCAUGCGCGUGCCUUGGUUCCGGAAAGGGUACACGCAGCCCCUUGUCUUUUAGGCCCCUGCUUCUUCUAAUAAGUCCGACGAUGAGUUUGGUUCUACUGCUCCUGCUGCCACUAACGACAAGUCGUCGUCGCCCAACUUCUUCAACGCCUUCCAGUUCAUCUCAUCCAUGUCUUCUGGAUUUGAUUUGUCUAAUUUGUUUGAGAGCGAGAGAAAGGCGGGGACCAUGUUCACCUCCAAGUGCUCGGCAACGGCUAUUAUGGCCAAGAUUGAGCAUGCUGCGAAGUCUUUAAGCUUCAAGGUGGGGACUGUCAAGGACUUCAAAUUAAUGCUGCUGGAUCCUCCGUUUAUCCAUUUGGCCUUUAGGUUUUACAUGGAACGAGAGCUAAGUAAUGGGGAUGACUUUGAGGUGCCAAGGGGGAAUGUGGACCCUGGACCUGAACAAAUGUCAAUUGAUGCCAGUUCCGACCAACAACAGGAGGUGCAAAGGGCUAAAGAGGUCAUCCUCAAUUCAGUUCUGCGUUUGGAAUUGACAACAAGGAACAAAGCACUCCUACAGAUUUAUCAUGAGUAUCCAGUCAAAGUCACACAAAAAUGAAGUCGGAAGGGUUAGAGAUGCAAAAUGAUUAACAUACCAGAUGAUGAGAUGGGGAUGGAUUUAUAUGUAGAGGAGAAUGAGCGUGGUCAUGAUGCACAAGAAAUGGAAGCAAUAAUAAAUGAGAUUACUCAAAGUUUGAUGAGUGUGUUUAGCCUGAAAUUACUUGAUGCAAAUGAAAAAUGUUUGUUAUUUGGUUUUGAGAUUGGUUGAAUGUGUUAAGAUAUU